AUGUCACUUAGAUCCCUCUUCAACCUCCCUUCCGCCAACAAAGACAUUCCUCUCCUUCCAAUACAUGCAUCCCGAAACCCAACGCCAUCUCAAACCCCGUACCAAACCGCGCCAGCAAGCCCUGACCCACGACCUCCCUCGAAAAUGACUGCUGUCCAGGUUCCGUACUCCGAUGCCCUUAUCACCAUCUCACGCCAGGAAGUCCACCUACAAAGCACCCUUCAGCACCUUCUCGAUGCCCAAAGCGAAGGUCUACUUGCUGGUCUCACAGGCGGCCCGCCUCAAGGUGAAACAUCAACUACAGGUAGCCGAACACCGACGACAGCAUACUCCAGCCCAGGCGGCCCCAGGAAGCUAAAGAGUGUUGUACCCAUGCGGCAACCUCUGAAAAGGAAAUUAGGUUUGAAAGGCGCGCGCAGAGGCAUUGCACGCGCCAUAUCGGAUUUAGCAACCCUGAAGAUUGAGGAGGCCAGGAUACUAGAGGGGGAACUCUUGCAGCGAGCAGAGGCGCUUAAUAUCGUGCAGCGAUUUGAGACAAAGAUGGUCGGAUUGAAGGAACACAUUGAUAACAUUGAAUCAGAAGACACGACCCGCCAAGUGGAGGAUCUGAAGGGCGAGGAGAAGGCUUUGGCUCACGAGAUCCGGGAGCUGGAAUCUAGAUUGUGGGAAACGAAGGCUAAGCACCGCCACCUGCUACGAGAAAUUGAAAGUCUAGAUAGUAGUGUGCAGAGCAAACUCAGCUCUUAUCAGUCCGCGCUGACGUUGGCGGAGAAGGAGUCGAGGAAAUUCCUUGAGAGUCCGCCAUUACGGGGUAAUAGGACUGUUACGACUACAGGGCUGUGGGCUUUACCGGCUGAGCGACGGACACUGCAAAUGGCGAAGGAGCAGUACGCUGAGGAGCAAGAUGUAUUGAGAAAGCGGUUUGACGAGGUGGAGACGGAAAGGGGCGCGUUGGAAGAUGGCUUUGGGGUCUGGAACGAAGUCGUUGAGGACGUUACUGGUGUCGAAAAGCUGCUACGGGAAGAAAUGCACGAAAUGCAAGCGCCUCUGGUCCAAGAGAACAAAAAUGGCAAUGCUAUAGGGGGAAUGAGGAAGAUUUUGGAGCAAGUGUCGAAAGCGAGAUCGCGGACUGAAAGCAAGCUGGAAGUCUCAGAAGACCGGGAGUGGAAGCUCCUGGUUUGCUGCAUUGGGGCCGAGUUGGAAGCCAUGAUUGAAGGGCAGAGUGUGCUGCAUGGUGCACUUGAGGCUGCUCGACGAUCAGAAGGCGAAGAUUAUGUGAGUAAAGAUGGCAACGUCCCUGUUACACGUAUCAAUUCGGUCUCCCCAGUCGACCUCUCAGCACGUCUGGAAGCAUUGGGGAAGCAAGACUGCCCAGCAGAGCCCAGUAGUAUCUUGGAUAAGUCGGAGGACGAGGACGACGGGCCUGGGCCAGAUCUGCUUAUUUCAACCGAUGAUGUAUAG